ACACUCCCUCUGCGCUCGGCCCUCCACCCCCGUUACUGCCGUGCGGUCCCGCCACAAACCCUGGCCCGGAGGACUUGAGCGGCCUCCCCACCGCGGAAGCCCCGGUCUGCUCUGGCAGUUCCUCGGAGUCUGGCAUGGCGAGCGGGUAGGGGACACCAGGCGUGCAGGAAGGCAGGCAGUGUGGAACAUGCCUUCGUCAGCUGGCACGUCUGCCAUCGGAGGCCUCACCCAUCUUUCCCAUGGCCUGCACGGGCCCGUCACUCUCCAGUGCCUUUGACAUUCUGAGUACAGCAGGCCAGAACAAGCUCCUUCAUCUUAAGCACAAGCUGAAGACCCUGCGUCCAUGCUGGCGGGGGGCGGACCUCCUGCACGCCAUGGUGCUUCUGACACUGGGCCAGGAGACCGAGGCCAGGAUCUCCCUGGAGGCCCUGAAGGCAGAUGCGGCAGCCCAGCUCGUGGCCUCCCAGUGGGCCAGCAUGGACAGGGGUGCUGAGGCCACAGAGGAGCCCCCAGACGUGUCCUGGGCUGUCGCCCGGGUGUACCACCUGCUCGCUGAGGAGAAGCUGUGCCCGGCCUCUAUGCGGGAUGUGGCCUACCGGGCAGCCCUCCAGGCUUUCAGCUCCAGGGAUGACCCUCAGCUUAGGGAGCUCCAGGAGGAGGCCCAGGAACGGUGCGGGUGGGACAUCAUCAGGGACGCUGGGGGCUUCCAUCCCCUCCACUCUGCUCUGGGCUGCCUCCCACCAUCCUCAGCCUUACCCUCCGCGACCCGAAGCCUUCCUCGGCCCAUCAAGGACCCCGUGGACUGGAGCAGAGGAUGCUCCCUGAGAUCCACCAGCACGCCAGCCUCCCUGGCCAGCAACUUGGAAAUUAGCCAGUCGCCCACUGUGGCCCUCCUCAGCCAGCCCCGCAGUCCCCAUGGGUCCAGCAAGCUGUGUGCUGAGCCCCCAGUGCACCAGCCUGUCCCUGCAGGCUGCCAGGAGCCUGAGGAGAUGAGCUGGCCUAUGUCGGGAGAUAUGGCAGACAUCCCGGUGCCAUCAAAUAGUCCAGCCCCCAGGCUUCCGGAGGUGGCCUUGGAUGCAAGCCCUGCUGGUCCGUCCAGCCCCUCUGAAGCUCCAGAUACCAGUGCCCACUACCCGGUGGAAUGCACGGAAGUGUCACCGGCCCCCAAAUCUCUCCCCUCCCCAUCCAGAAACACCUGCCCUGUCAAGGACCAGAUACCACUACAAAUUCCCAUAGAAGAUACCCCUUCCUCGACAGCCCAGCCACGCCCCCCAACUCCCCUGGGCCCAAAGGCAUCCCCUUCCUGUCCUUCUCUGUCGACUCCUUGUUCGGCUCACCCGGCCUCGAACCCGCGUCCCCCUUCCCCAGAGUCAGAGUCAUCAGAGCAGAAAUUCUACAACUUUGUGGUCUUGCAUGCCAAGGCAGAUGAGCACAUCGCCCUGCGUGUCCGGGACAAGCUCGAGGCCCUGGGUGUGCCCAACGGGGCCACCCUCUGUGAGGAUUUCCAGGUGCCUGGGCGCAGCAAGCUGAACUGCCUGCAGGAUGCCACAGAGCACUCGGCCUUCACCAUCCUGCUGCUCACCGCCAGCUUCGACUGCAGUCUGAGCCUGCACCAGGUGAACCAUUCUCUGAUGAACAGCCUCACACGGCCAGGGUGGCAAGGCUGCGUGGUCCCUUUCCUGCCCCUAGAGAGCUCCCAGGCCCAGCUCAGCCCUGACACAUCCAAGCUGCUCACCAGCGUUGAGUGGCUAGAUGAGCACUCUGAGAUCUUUGCCAGGAAGGUAGCCAACACCUUCAACCCCCGUAAGCUGCGAGCUCGAAAGGCCAACUGGAAGAAGGAACAGGACGCUCGGGCCCUGCAGGAGCAGUGCCAACACCUAGAGGGUGAGCGACAACAGGCAGCGGCAUUAAAUGCCGCAUACUCAACCUAUCUCCAGACUUACUUGUCCUGGCAUUCACAGAUGGAUCAGCUCCGGGCAGCUUUUGAGAACAGCAUGGCAUUUGGGACUCAGUUGCCCUCUGGGGCUCAGGGGCCCCUGGGAGCCCGGCCACCCUUUCCUACCUGGCCCAGCCACCAGCUACCAACCCUGACUCCAUGGCUGGCUGGCACCCCCAGCCCAGCCUUCCCACAGCCUCCAGCCUUCCCACAGCCUCCAGCCUUCCCGCAGCCUCCAGCCUUCCCGCAGCCUCCAGCCUUCCUGCAGCCUCCAGCCUCCCCACAAGCCUCACCUGUGCCCCCUCAGAGCCCAGGGCUGCAGCCCCUCAUCAUCCACCAUGCACAGAUGGUGCAGCUGGGGCUCAACAACCACAUGUGGAACCAAAGAGGGACCCAGCCACCUGAGGACAAGACACAGGAAGCGGAAUGACCAAAUGAUGAAGCUUAUGACCUUGACCAUCAGACGCCCUUGGGCCAUACCUUGGAGACUCCUCAUCUCCAGGGGUGAAGUGGAAGAUGGUGUCAUCUGCUAUUUUCAGGACAUUACUAGGGACACCUUCAUGUCUCAGGAAAUCGUGCAAAAUGGGUCCCAAUGACUAUCCAGCUCUUGGGAAGGCCAGGAUUAGAUGUGGUGUUUACAAACUUGCUGUAUGGUAGUGGUGGGGAAUGGGCUAGGGGACAUUAGUACAGUGUUUUAAUUAUAAUAAAUAUUUAUUGAAUGCCUCUGUAGCACCAUUCUCCUCUGGGAAACUGCUGGGAGAUUUGUUAAGAUAAAAAACAUGACUACUGUACCCAAAAAAGGGAAACUGAAGAGAAACUCACUUCUCUGAAUGGCCUGCA